AUGAUUCAAGCAGCAAAGAUACUCGAGCAGAGAAGCCAUCUCGUACCUGGCAAGCUUCGAAUCACGGAGCACUUCUUCCAAGUACCUCGUGACUACUCAAACCCAUCUCUCGGAACUAUCCAGCUCUUCGCGCGUUCAGCCCUCAAAGCCGAGAAGCCCGCAGACUACACAUCAACGUCGUAUCUCGAGCGAUCUAAAACGCAGCUUCCAUGGCUCAUCUACCUGCAAGGCGGUCCAGGCUUUGAAUGCAGGCCGCCUCAGAAUGUCUCGUGGACGCACACUAUCCUGGACAAAGGAUACCAAGUCCUCAUGCUCGACCAGCGCGGAACCGGUCUUUCGACCGCCAUCAGUCAGUCUAGUCUCCAGCUGAGAGGCGACGAGAAAGUGCAGGCGGAAUACAUGAAGAGUUUCCGAGCAGACAGCAUUGUCAAAGACUGCGAGGCGGUAAGAAAGGCAUUGACGGCGGAUUAUCCCGAGGAAAAGAAGAAAUGGAGUAUCAUGGGCCAGAGCUUUGGUGGUUUCUGCUGCACGACAUAUCUGUCUUUCUACCCUGAAGGCGUCAAAGAAGCGUUUCUGUUUGGAGGCCUCCCACCGCUGAGAAACGACCCAGACGAAGUGUACGAGCGGCUGUAUGCGCGUGUCAAGAGCAGAAACGAAGGCUACUAUAAAAAGUAUCCGGAAGAUGUGCAGAGGGUCAAACGCAUCAUCAAGCUUCUCUCUCGCUUCGGCGACACGACAGUGCGCGUCCAGGGCGGCGAGAGCUACCUUUCUGCACGCCGAUUCCUUCAACUAGGUAUCUACUUUGGCAAGCACGGCGGCUUUGACGAAGUGCAUGAUCUGGUUCUGCGCGCCGACACGGAUCUCACUCAAUUCGGACAUCUAACGCGUCCCACGGUGCUCGCGCUGGAAGCAGCGCAGAGCUGGGAUACAAACGUCAUCUACGCGCUGCUUCACGAGCCCAUCUACUGCCAGGGCGAAGCUGCCAACUGGUCUGCCGAGCGUCUUCUACCCAAGCACCCCGAGUUCUCCCUCUCGCGCGUAGAUUCCGAGGAGCCGGUUUACUUCACAGGAGAAAUGAUUUACCCCUUCAUGUUUGACAGCUACCCCGAGCUCGCCAAGCUCAAGACGGUCGGGCAACUCCUUGCUCUGGAAAAGGACUGGCCGCAGCUCUACGAUGUGGAGCAGCUGAAGAAGAACGAGGUCCCGACUUAUGCAGCUGUAUACAUGGAUGAUAUGUAUGUCGACUUUGAUUUGAGCAUGGAGACGGCAAGCACCAUCAAAGGAUGCAAGCCGUUCAUCACAAACAUGAUGUACCACAACGGCAUUGGCGCGAAGACGGACGAGGUGUUGAAGCAAAUCUUCUCGCUGAGAGACGAUGUUAUCGAUUAG